CACAUGGACAAAGCCUGCCUGCAAAUGUAGCUUACCUCUGCCAGUCCCAUCAACACCUGGAACACAGCUCUUCCCUGCAGCUCUCUGAAGAGGGUGGCUCUUUGCUGGGAAUAGACAGGGACUGAACCAGAGGAGAAGAGUGCAGAGCAGAGCCAUGAAUAUUAUCUUGGAUCUCCUCCUGCUUCUCAUCAUCAUCAUCUACUCCUACUUAGAAUCCUUGGUGAAGGUUUUCAUUCCCCAGAGGAGAAAAUCUGUGGCUGGGGAGAUUGUUCUCAUUACAGGAGCUGGGCAUGGAAUAGGAAGGCAAACUGCCUAUGAAUUUGCAAAACGGAAGAGCAGACUGGUUCUGUGGGAUAUUAAUAAGCAUGGCGUUGAGGAAACUGCAGCUGAAUGCAGAAAACUAGGGGCCAUUACACAUGUGUUUGUGGUAGACUGCAGUAACAGAGAAGAGAUUUAUGACUCUGUAAACCAGGUGAAGAAAGAGGUGGGUGAUGUAACUAUUGUGGUGAAUAAUGCUGGGACAAUAUAUCCAGCUGACCUUCUUAGUGCAAAGGAUGAAGAGAUUACCAAAACUUUUGAGGUCAACAUCCUAGGACAUUUUUGGAUCACAAAGGCACUUCUUCCAGCGAUGAUGCAGAGAAACCACGGCCACAUUGUCACAGUGGCUUCAGUAUGCGGCCAUGGAGUGAUUCCUUAUAUUAUUCCAUAUUGUUCCAGCAAAUUUGCUGCUGUUGGGUUCCACCGAGCUCUGACAUCAGAAUUUGAAGCCUUGGGAAAAACGGGUAUCAAAACCUCGUGUCUCUGCCCAGUUUUUGUGAAUACCGGGUUCACCAAAAACCCAAGCACAAGACUAUGCCCUGUAUUGGAGACAAGUGAAGUUGCAAGAAGAUUGAUAGAUGGAAUACUUACCAAUAAGAAAAUGAUUUUUGUUCCAUCAUAUCUCAGUAUCUUCCUAACACUAGAGAAAUUUCUUCCUGAACGUGCCUUGGCAGCCAUAAAUCACAUACAGGAUAUUCAAUUUGAAGCAGUGGUUGGCCACAAAACCAAAAUGAAAUGAAUAAAUGUGCUUCAGGCUGAGAUGUAUGCACCUUAAUGAUGUGGAACUAAGUUUAGAGUCAAUGCUUCAAAGCUCUAUUUCACAUUUUUCAAUGCCAUUAAUAUUAAAAACAUUGGUUUGACAUUAGCAGUGGUCAAAUGAACAAGACUAAUCACCUGUCUUUCUAUUUCUCGAGAUUAUUUAUGUAGUUUUAAUAGUCAGAUCUAUUUUUUAUUCCAUGCCUCUUAAAAACUUCUAUGCUUACAUAAACAUACUUAAAAGGGUCAUUUUUCUUUAAGAGAUUUCAUUUCUUUUCUUUCCAUUUAAGGGUGGACAAAGCUACCUCCGUGACCGUGACCGUAAAUACCAAAAGAACUUAUUUACACAGGGAAGUUUUAAGACUGUUCUUAAAGUAGUCUUCCAAACUGUAGCCAGGCCACAGAAUGUCAGCAAGUACACAGUGUGAGUGAAAAGUUAGAGAUCAAGUUUAAGCAGGCAGCUGUGCUCCAAAAGGCAGAAAGAUUACUCCUAUGAAACUCAAUGUUUGGGAGCGUUGUCUAGCUUCUCCAUUUUUCAUCAGCCCCAAACAGAACUUUCUCACCUGAUUCUGUCCCUUAUAUAGCUCUUAUAUCCACCAAGAGUGGACCCGCCACACUUUCUGCCCUUUUCAUAAUCUCUUAAAAUACUAUGACAUUUCAAAAGGUGACUCUCUCUUGAAUCUCAGAGUACCUAAAAUUUUAACCCCAUGGUAACCUCUUCUUUGUAGUUUAUGCUUUCACAUAUCAUUGGUACCAGAGAUGUUUAGACAGUUUUGAGCUUCAAAAAUGAAAGCUAACCCAGGGAAAGGAACUAGGCUGGCUACCUAAUAGUACACCACGGAUCUGAGAGAUGGAGGGGAAAACAAACUGGUCUUUUUUUUUUUCUU